AUGGACCCAUCUGUAUUCGAAUCGGGAAUCUGUGUCCGAGAUGGUGCGCUGGACAUACAGAUGGCGAAGCAACAGCUGGACAACAAUGGUGCGCAGCUGUGGGUCCAGUGGCUGGGCAAGUACCUGCCAGAAUUCAUCCGGAGAAAGGGCCUGCAAAUAAGAAGCCAGGAUGGCUUCCACAUCGCCUCGCAGAUCGACUUCUCUUCAAACCAGCUGGGAGAUAUAGGAUUUUACGCCAUCCUAAAGCAGCUCUUCGACCUGAAGAUCGGUGCGGAGAAGAUGCGCUUCGAUCACAACAAGCUCGGCCGCGCGUCGGCGUUCGCUCUUUCAGGGUACAUCAGGAACCAGCCCGUCCCGCUCCUCGAGCUCCACCUCUCGCACAACUACUUCAGGCGUCAGGGGGUCGACGGCUUGAUCAGCGUCCUCGGGAAAGAUGAUCGGUAUCCGCCUGUCCUCAAAGAUCGCCCUGUGCCUUUGUGGUUGCGGCUGGAGAACAACAUCAUCGAGAAGCCCGAGGAGCUCUUCAAUGAGUUAAAGGAAAAGAUGAAGAGCAGGAGGAGGCCGCCCCAGGGCGCCGUGCUGAUUUGCGAGGUCUAUCGUGAGGAGAACGGCUGUGGUGCUGGACACUGCGUCAACUGCAGGCCGGGUUGGUGCCCCAUACUUCACCUCACGUACAUCAAGAACCAGGGGCAAACUGGUCGGAACAUCCCGAACGAAGCAUCGGGGUGGGGCAGCCGGCAGGGGGAGGAGCGGUACUGGUGCAUCGGCGAGCCUCCGCCCUCGUCUGUGCCCCGGCCCACGGCCCCGGGGCCCGCGAUGGGCCCGGCAGGAGUUCCAGGCAAGGUGCCACCGCCCAAGCAGGACUGCCCCAUUGGUGCAAUGCCACCAGCGAUGCAGGAGUCUCGGGGUGAGCCGUUGAUGAAGGCACCCCCGAUCGGGAAACCCAGCGUCAAAGCAGUCCCGCCUGGGUUUGAAAAGACGCCAAGUGCAGCGAUGCCACCGCAGCCGCCGCCUGCGGUCGCGCCGAACCUAAGCAUUACCUCUACAUCAACGGAUAGCCAGGCGGCGCCAGCUCGGUCUCUGCCGAGCUCGCCACCAAAGACCUCGGCUGUCGCCGCCUCCGCGGUGCAUUCAAAGGCACCUCCCUCGAUGCCAGCGAUGCUUGCAAAGGGACCGCCACAGCUGCCCAUACAUGGGCUGCCGCCUCAACCCAACAGCCCGCCGCCGCAGAACCCUGUGCCGCCGAAGUCUCUGCCGAAGGGUGCGCCCGGGGCAGCACAGGGCAAAAUGGCACCGAAAGCGCUCCCGGUCGCUGCAAAGGAGCCACCGCCGCGGCAGGUACGCACUGCGCAGGCGCCACUGGACCUCGAUGCAGAGCAUUUGCGGAUUGGAAGAACGAAGCUGUGUCCGCGAGAGGUGGGCAGGAGUCGGCCAGAGGUACGAAACUGGCAGCCCCUCCGGACUGGACUGCUGCAAAGAGAUAUUCGCUUCUCCUGCGAACGCCCGCCACACGCUGAUCCGCGGCUCACCGAGACACGGGGUCAGCUGCCGCUGGGGGAAGAGACACCGGAGUUGGAGGACGAGGAUCCCAGCAACGAAGGCCACGACGGAGACGGCGAGGAGGAGGAGGAGGAGGAGGAAGUGACUUCGUCCUCUGGUCCGGCAUCAGCCACCGAUGGGUGCAUAAUGGCACCCGCGGAGGAGGCUGCCGAGGACAGACUUAAAACUCUGGUGGAGCAGCUGCAGCGCCAUGGAUUCUUGGGGGGUGAGGAAGACAUGGAUGCAUUGGAAGCGCGGCUGUCUUUUGUGUCGCGUUGCACGCAGACGCUGGACACGCUGGUCAGGGCAUACAUUGGCGAGGCGCAGGAGCUGAACGAUCGGAACCUGUCGCGGCUACAGCAGUCGAUCCGCAGCCAUGGCAUCUACAGGGAGCUGAUGAGCUGUGCCGAGCCUCCUCAUCGACCGACGGUUCAGACCCUCCUGGAGCACCAGGGGAGCCCUGAAUCUCUGCUCAGGAAGAUGUGUGCGCUCACCGCGAGAGCUCACGCGCUUUUGUCGGCGCCGAACUCCCCACCUGUCACGUUUGAGCAGAUGCUGGAAAUCGUCGAGGACAGAUUAUCCUGGCAUUUCCCCGAGAGAUCGCUGGAACGCUAUCUGCACCGGCAUCAGGCACGCGAACAUGGGCGGACUGCAGAAGAAACCCUGAUUCGUCUUGUGCAACAAAGCAGAGAGCCCGCACGGGAGCUGCUCAGGCGACUGGAAGAGAGUGGAACCAACGUCUGCUUCCGAAACUGUCCAAGUUUCGACGAACUGUCGAGGCGCCUCUGGCUUGAAUUUUUGCGUUCGAGGCUGGGUAAUUGGGACCGGGAGUUCGCUCUCGAGCUGGACCGGAUGUCGCAAACCGAAGGUUCAGACCGGGCUCCCGACUUGCUCUUGGAACAGAUUCUCCGUCGAUUUCGGGAGGAUGGCCGAGAAACACACCACCUCCGCACAGAGAACAGGCGGCUACACGAGGAGGGCCGUUCAGCGAUGCUCCGCCUCCACGAAGAGAACAGGCAGCUGCAGGAGGAGGUCCGGAGGUUAAGGUUACAGCAAGGGCCGCCGCCAAACGAUCUGGACAGCACCAGAUGGCACAAUGACCCGCCCGGUCCACCACCGGGUAACCCACCACCGGAAAGGUGGCCCGAAGACGGCAGGUCUGCCCUUGGCUUAGAGAUGCGGCAGGAGGACGUCAGGCCGACUGCCCAUCUUCCUCCGCCGCCGUGGUCCAGCGAGGAUCCCGCUCCGAUGGUGCGUUCCGCGGCUCCGAUAGUGAGAGCGCCGCCGCCGCCGCCGUCGGCUUCGCCGACAAACUUGCAGCAGGGAGGUGUGAACUUGGGCCUACCACAAGACGGUCCAUCCUUCGCAUGGCGCACCAAUGCCCCCGAAUUCGUGCCGGGCCGUGCAACAGGCAUGCCAGUGUACGAUGUUGACUCCCACCAGGAGGAGGAGGGUGUGAGGACGCCGUCUGAGGAUGACGUCCCUCCAUCGGAGCCAAUGCCCUCCAUGAACUUCGCCCCACCGCCGGGUCUACCGCCGGGUCUGGGACGUCCGCCGAGCCCCAGCCGCGUGGAGGGGAGGCAUCAUCCGCCCCUGAACAGCUUCCAUGCCCCUCUCGGCGGUGAUGCGGUGUCAGUUGGCGUUCUGCGCCAGCCGCCGUUUCCGUAG